UCGUCUUCACACUACUCGUCUACAUUCCUAUCAGAUCGUUUAGAAAAAGACUAAUAGUACAAGUGGAGUUGAUGGAGGUGACGGCGCUGAUUCUAGCGAACAUAACGUUCCUGACGCUAGCUCACGCGCAGCACCAGUCCCCUGUGUGUACAGGUCUCGUGUUCGGAGUUCAGUAUCUCUACCUCGUUACUAUAGCCUGGAGCCUUGUUGCUGCUCUCGUCUUCUACAGACAGAUAGUAAAGGCGAUACACACGUACGGCAAGAGUUACGACCACACUUUCAAAAUAUCCUGUGUUCUCUGCUGGGUCCUACCCCUCAUCUUCCCCUCCUUUGCUCUCAUCUACUCUGACAAACAUCAUCUCAACUAUCUAGCUGAUAUGGAUGGCGAAUUUGGCUGCUGGAUAUCUGAGACGUGGAAGAUCUACACGUUUAUUGUGCCUAUUUUGGCAGUUGUUGCCGUGAACACUUUCUUAGGCAUCCGAGUGGUCAUUAUCAUGAUCAGAGCCAGUAGCAAUCGCGGUGAUGACAAAGACGACACGUGGAAAAUACAAACGAGGCACAUCAAGUCAAUACUCUCACUAAUCAUGCUCUUUGGAGUAUCCUUCCUCUUGUCCCUCUUUACCUACGGACCUCAAGCUCUCGUCUUUCAGUACCUCUUCAUCAUCUUCACUUGCUCCCAGGGUCUAUUUAUUUUCAUCUUGUUCGUCCCCCUGCGACCGGAGGUUCACUCUGAAUGGAAGACUAUACUGGGGUCCAGUGCAGGUGCUCGCCUCAUGAGCCCGAGGUACAGCUCCCGAACCAGCCAGGCCACCAACAGCAGUCUUUUCAACAAAACCAAUAACAAGAUCUUCGUUCGGAAGGACUCUGUCGUCGACCGAUGCGUUCCUUCUUAAAUCACCUGCAUUGAUGAUAUAUAUUCAGAAUACCACUCAGAUUACACUUAUCAACUAAGCAACACAGUCGUUAUUUUCCGUCUAAGAAUUUUUGACAAUUCUAUCGUAGCCAAAACGAUCACUUUUUGAAAGCAUCCGUUUGAAACUUUGUUACUUUUCACUUUAACAUUAGUCAGAAUCCGAAUUAUAUUUUGUGAAAUGAAAUUCAUUUACUAUAGCAAUUUGUUCGACUUUUUCCAACCCUGUCAAUAGUUGAUCCCAUUUUGAGUUAUGAAUUAUA